AUGGCCGAGUCUCGUCUCUUUAAGCCCCUCAAGAUUGGCAAUGUGGAAGUCAAGCACCGCAUAGGAAUGCCAUCACUCACACGCCUCAGGGCAGACCAGGACCGUGUACCGACGCCAAUGAUGAAGGAGUACUACGCACAGCGCGCCGCCGUCCCUGGCACCCUUAUCCUCGCCGAAGGCACAUGCGUCUCACCAGCAGCCUGCGGUGGCUGGCCCGGCGCCCCGGGCCUGUGGAGCAGGGCACAAAUUGCCGCGUGGAGGGAGAUAACUGACGCGGUCCAUGCCAGGGGUUGUUUCAUCUUCUGCCAGCUCUUCGCAUUGGGCCGCGCCGGCCAGGUCGAGGUUGCCGAAAAAGAAGGCAUUGACAUCAUCGCGCCCAGCGCCCUUCCAAUUGAUGAGAACUCCCCGGUUCCGCGGGCCAUGAGCGUCCAGGACAUCCAGGAAAUGACGCGAGACUUUGCUGUUGCUUCGCGGAACGCGAUCGAUGCCGGGUUUGACGGCGUCGAAUGCCAUGGCGCCAAUGGCUACCUGCUCGACCAGUUCAUCCAGGACACGAGCAACAUCCGCGAUGACGACUACGGCGGCAGUGUGGAGAACAGGUCGCGGUUUAUCCACGAGGUCAUGCAGGCCAUGGCUGAUGCCGUGGGCUCGGAGCGCGUCGGCCUUCGUCUGAGCCCCUUCAGUACGUUCCAGGGCAUGAAGAUGAAGGACCCGAUCCCGCAGUUCUCCGACAUUAUCGGCAAAGCCAAGGCUCUAAAGCUUGCUUACCUUCACCUGGUGGAGUCGCGCAUCUCCGGGUCUGAAGAUUGCCAUGGGAAUACAGAAAGCCUCGACUUUGCGUACAAGCUCUGGGACGGGCCCCUCCUCGUUGCUGGUGGCUACAAGGCUGCCAAUGCGCGGAAGCUUGUGGAUGAAAGUUAUCCAAACAAAGACAUUGUUGUGAUGUUUGGGAGAUAUUUCUUGUCGAACCCAGAUCUUGUCUUCAGGAUUAAGGAAGGCGUGGAGUUCAACGCAUACGACCGACGCACUUUCUAUUCCAGUGACCCGGUGACAGUGGGAUAUCUGGAUUAUCCCCUCAGUGCGGAGUUUCUAGCAAGGCAGAAGCUUUCAGUCUUGCCAGCUUGA